ACACGCAUCAUUUAAGCAACAUGAUGCUACAAAUUUUAUUCUUGGUCUUCCUCGCGUUUGAAUGUAAUUGUGUAGUCGUUAGACCACACCGCAACUGUGCGAAUAACGUCUGCUACUUUGAAAUUAACGUUGAUUACAAGUUCACCAUGAUGUGGUACAAUUACACGAAUAUUCAAGAUCCGCAGUAUAAUCCUGUAGUAAUUAGAGAUGGAUCGCUUCAGAGACGAGUGACAAACGCUGCCUGUCGGGAUACCUUCAUUCCACUAACCAGAGAAGAGUUCAAAGAAAACGUUAGUCCUGGGGAUGGAAGUUACAAACUGGCACUAGCUUUCAACGGACAAAUUCCUGGACCGGAUAUCGUUGUAUAUGAGGAUCAAAUUGUUUCAGUUCUUGUGCACAACCUUUUGGAAGUUGAGGGAGUGACUAUUCACUGGCAUGGGCUUAUACAAAGAGGAACUCCUUUCAUGGAUGGGGUUGACAUGAUAACUCAAUGUCCCAUUUUACCAAAACAAACUUUCGAAUACAGAUUUCUUGCCUCGCCUGUGGGAACACACUGGUAUCAUUCACACACAGGCAGUAUGAGAUCUGAUGGACUAGCAGGUGCUUUCAUUGUGUUGCCCAGAAUUAGACCACCUAUACGAAUCCCACGUGAACCAGUUCCUGAUGUUGAUGCAGAAUUCUCUGUUGUUCUUAUGGAUUGGAUGAUAACGACUGCCAAAGAAAAGAUACAGGCUGACAGAGGAGGAUUCGCAGUCUUAGAUGAAUAUGACGGGACCUGUCUUCCAUUAAUUCUACACCCUGAUGGUUCGGGUAAAUUAUUCCAACUUCGUACUGGCCUCGUCAAUGGACGUGGUAGGCGUUACAUCCUUAAUGAUCCAAACGUGGCGGAGAAGCCUUACCUCCCACUGGAGACGUUUACUGUCACACAAAACAGAUAUUACAGAUUUAGAGUGAUUAAUGCUGGCUUUGAAGCGGCAUUUGAAAUUUCAAUAGACGAGCAUAUGCUUGUCAUCAUUGCUGUUGACGGAAAUGACGUAGAGCCAUUCAAAACGGAUAUUGUCACCUUAUCAAUAGGGGAGAGCUGCGAUUUCAUUAUAUUCACAGGCAGACCCCUUGAUAACUAUUAUAUCAAUUUUUUUACAACUCCGACAAGAACAGUUACAGGGGAGGAGAUUGUCAACCGGAAACGUACCUAUGGUGUCUUAAAUUAUCGUGGAGUGGAUGAAUAUCUUACACCAGUCCCCCGACAAAGGGAGUGCACGCAGAAUGCACCGUGCCUAGUAGUUAAUCAAGUUUACGGUUACUACCCAGCAGAGGAAAAUACAAGAAAUGUGCCUUUAACAAGCUUGAGAUCAACUGAAUGGUCCUUAAGGCAAAAUCCAGUUCCUGUUGUCGGACCCGGAGAUGUAAAACAGUUGUUUUUUCUUAAUUUCUUUCUUUUAGAUACAAAACCUGUUAUAAAUGGUGCCUUAUUCCGAAAACCUACCUCUGUUCUUCAGACAUUCCCUAGUCAGGAUGCAAUUGUCCCUUGUAGUCCUGAGACAUGUACUGCCGAAGGCUGCAGGUGCACGCAAAUACUGAAAUUCGACCUGGGAAAUAUAAUCGAAAUUGUUUUAUUCUCAUUCAGUGAUAUCAAAGUAGCCCACCCAGUCCAUUUACACGGGCAUCAUUUUCAUGUCCUAAAAAUCGGAUAUCCACCUUAUGACCUAGAAACCGGAAAUGCUACUGCACGAAACCCGGAUAUUAGAUGUUUAGAUCAGCUUUGUGCACAAGCAACGUGGGCGGAUCCAUCCUGGAUUAAUGGAAACAUUCCUGGCUUAAAUCUAGUGAAUCCUCCCAUAAAAGAUACUGUCACUGUUCCUGCCAAUGGUUACGUCAUCAUUAGACUAACUGCUGAUAAUCCCGGUUUCUGGUUUUUGCACUGCCAUUUAACGCACCAUCAAGCUGAAGGAAUGAAUUUGGUUAUGCAGGAAGGUGACAUUGAGGACAUGCCUCCGGUCCCACCUAACUUUCCUACUUGUAAUAACUUCCGGUCAAAUCCGGAACAAUGGUUGACGUCAUUGAAUAGACAGGAAGCGAAACUUCUCUCAAAAGGAAUUAAACCAAAUUUUACAUCAGGAACAGCACUACAAGGACGGGGAAAUUCUUCAAAGCUUUGUAGAGUGUUUCCAUGGGUAUGCAAAAAACCUGUGUAUGGUUAAUCAAGAAAGAUCUUCAAAGAAGAAGCAAAUAAAUGCAUACGGAAGA